AGAAAAUGAAUACUCCUGCUAUCAGCGAACUCUUUUCUCUACCACCAGAUGUUAAAAAAAUCGAACAUGUUGAUGACACUAAGGCAAAACAUGCUGCUAAAUUCGUGAUGCAUCUUGAAGAUCAUACUGCUGGGAACCUUCUUAGAUACUCUUUACUAAGAAAUGAGAAUGUGAAAUUCUCAGGCUACAGAAGACCACACCCUCUUGAAAACAAGAUUGAGUUAAAAGUGCACACAAAUGGAAAGAUUAGCCCUAAAGAGGCUGCCAAGCAGGCUUGCGAUAACCUCUGCACUGAGUUCAUCAAGAUGAAGGAAGCAUUCCUCAUGCAAGUCAAGGAGUUCAAGGGAGAAGGUAAAUAGUCU